UCGGAUUGUUUAGGACUCCUCCACUAUACCCGGAGCUUGUAGUCCUCCUAGGGCACGUGGAAGGCGCAAGUUUCUGUGUCGAAGGGACUCCGCAGGACCAGUUUGUAAACUCGCUGAAGCUCCUGGAAUGGACAGGGAUUCGCCCGAGCCCAAAACGGGAGGAGGGAGCGCGGCAGCCACUCUCCCAGGAGGGGCCACCCCCCCCCCCCAGCAGCUGCGAUACCGUCCUUUCCAAGAGUAGGGGCCUGGCGAGGGCGGCAGAGGAAACCAAAUGGCCUUCUGACCUAGAGCCCUGCUGGUUCUGCACCCCUCUGACGUCUCUUCCAAAUUCUUUCCCUUCCGGACUCGAUGGGGUUGCUAGGUGACUGGAACUUCCGCAUCCCAGCCAUGGCUUUUCCGCAUCGGCCUGAUGCUCCUGAGCUGCCCGACUUCUCCAUGCUCAAGAGACUGGCCCGAGACCAGCUUAUCUACCUGCUGGAGCAGCUUCCUGGGAAGAAGGACUUAUUUAUUGAAGCAGAUUUGAUGAGCCCAUUGGAUCGGAUCGCCAAUGUCUCUAUUCUCAAGCAACACGAAGUGGAUAAACUGUACAAGGUGGAGAACAAACCUAUCUUUAGUUCCAGUGAACAGUUAUGCUUCCUUGUCCGACCCCGAAUCAGGAACAUGCGAUAUAUUGCAAACCUUGUCAAUACUGACAAAAUGGCUGGCCGAACUCGAAGAUACAAAGUGAUCUUUAGCCCACAGAAGUUCUAUGCAUGUGAGAUGGUACUCGAGGAAGAGGGAAUUUAUGGAGAUGUGAGCUGUGACGAGUGGGCAUUCUCCUUGCUGCCUCUUGAUGUGGAUCUCCUCAGCAUGGAACUGCCUGAAUUCUUCAGAGACUACUUCCUGGAGGGAAACCAGCGUUGGAUGAACACUGUGGCCCAAGCCCUUCACCUUCUCAGCAAUCUCUAUGGACCUUUUUCAAAUUGCUAUGGAAUUGGCCGAUGUGCCAAGAUGGUGUACGAGAUGUGGAGGGAACUGGAGGAGGAAGAAGAGGGUGAGAUCAAAGGCAGGAAACCAGAAAUUGGGCACAUUUUCUUUCUGGAUAGAGAUGUGGACUUUGUGACUGCACUCUGCUCCCAAGUGGUAUAUGAGGGGCUAGUGGAUGACACCUUCCGCAUCAAAUGUGGGAGUGUUGACUUUGGUCCAGAUGUCACAUCCUCUGACAAGAGCCUCAAGGUGCUGCUUAAUGCCCAGGACAAGGUGUUUAAUGAGAUUCGUAAUGAGCAUUUCUCCAAUGUCUUUGGCUUCCUGAGCCAGAAGGCCCGGAACCUCCAGGCACAGUAUGAUCGCCGGCGUGGCAUGGAUAUCAAGCAGAUGAAGAACUUUGUCUCUCAGGAGCUCAAGGGGCUGAAGCAAGAGCACCGACUGCUGAGUUUACAUAUUGGGGCCUGUGAGUCUAUCAUGAAGAAGAAAACCAAGCAAGAUUUCCAGGAGCUGAUCAAGACUGAACAUGCACUGCUAGAAGGGUUCAACAUCCGUGAGAGCACGAGCUAUAUUGAAGAGCAUAUUGACCGACAGGUAUCACCUAUUGAAAGCCUCCGUCUCAUGUGUCUCCUGUCUAUCACUGAGAAUGGUUUGGUGCCCAAAGAUUACCGCUCUCUGAAAACCCAGUAUCUUCAGAGCUAUGGCCUGGAGCACCUGCGGACCUUCUCCAAUCUGCGACGGACAGGGAUGCUAACAGAGCAGGUUUCCGGAGAUACUCUCACUGCAGUAGAGAAUAAAGUGAGCAAAUUGGUGACUGAUAAGCUGCAGGGAAAACUCACUGAUGCUUUCAGUUCUUUGGCUAAGAGAAGCAAUUUUCGUGGCAUCAGCAAAAAGUUGGGCUUGAUUCCACGUGGGGACAGUGAAUAUGACUUGAAAGUGCCACGGGAUAUGGCGUAUGUCUUCAGCGGUGCCUAUGUACCCCUCAGCUGCCGCAUCAUUGAACAGGUUUUAGAGCGAAGGGGCUGGCUGGGCCUUGAGGAAGUUGUUCGGUUACUCAACGGCAAUGAGUUUGCAAUAACAGACAUGAUACCUGAAGAAAAUGCCCCUAGUGAUUCUUUGCGUCUUGUCCUUGUGGUUUUUCUGGGUGGAUGCACCUUCUCUGAGAUCUCAGCUCUCCGGUUCUUGGGCAGAGAAAGAGGAUAUAGAUUCAUUUUCUUGACAACGGCUGUGACAAAUAGUGCAAGGCUCAUGGAGGCCAUGACUGAAGUGAAGACAUGAGUCCUCCUUGGAGGCUGACAGUUGAGAUGCUGCCAUGGGAGCGUCCGACAAAUAGCGCCCAAAGGACGAGCGAAGCUUGAAGGCUUUGAUGGGUGAAGAUGAGUGAGCUUGACCAGGAGAAUUCCAUUUUUUGGGCUUGCUGGGUGACUUCUCAGGACCCCAGGGACUAGCUUCAGCAGUGCUCCUUGAGUUCUUCCUAGACCAUUUCCACCUUUGUGUGGGACAUGUCAUGCACCCAAGAUCUAUGGGGGAAAGUUGUUCUUUGGCAAAUCACUGUCCUUGUAAAUAAAUGUUGUGCUUUCAA